ACAGGGGCGGUCGAGAUAAAGCGACACAGCCUAAUAUGGUCAUACCAGGCAGUCGUCCCCAGUCUCUUACUGCGGUAAUAUAAGGUGUGCCUCCAGGUACCACUGUUCCCGCCUUCAAGCACCAGUGCCAGCCUCCAGAAUAAUGCCAGUCCAGAAAGGUGUGCUGCCCCUUGGCAUUUUAUGCAUUAAAAAAAUAACACAGCUUUUGAUUGAUAUUGUAUCUAUGUGCAUCUAUGAAACUAUCAAAGAAAGAAAAUCACCUGAAAACACUAAAGAACAACAAGUAAGCAGCCAUGAAAAAAACCAGCAUUAUGUAAACACUAAGUUAGAAAUGGACCAUGACCAAAAAAGAAUUGAGCAGGAAGAAGCAUGUGCAUUCAACCGGCAAAAUACUGAACUAGAUGGAACACAUGGCAACGGCCAACAAAAAACUGAAGAGGAGAAUGUGCACAGCCAUGCCAUCACUGCUGAAGACACAAACAAGCAGCCAAUAAAAUCAGAUAAUAUUGAUGAACAUGAAAUUCAUGAAGUCAUCAUAAAUGAUGAGAAUGCAGCUAAGUUGGAGAACAACCAAGAAUUAUUAUAUGGCUGUAUACGAUGUUCUUUAGAGACGGAAAAUACAGCCAAUGAAAAUAUCGAGAAAGAAAUACAAUUAGAAAGGACACCAGAGGCAUUAAGACAAGAGCUCAGCCAGCUGCUCACAUCACAUUCACAUGUUACCCUCCAUGGUCUUCUCUUUGACUCGAUUAUGACUCAUUUGGAUCCUAUAUACAUGCGAGAUAAACGGGGGCGUCCAGCUGUUCUGGACAUAAUAAUGCAUUUCAUCAAUUCAACUCUAAGAGAACUGGAUUUUGGGAAGGCAAAGAUGUUCUCAGAAGCUAAUAUGUGCAAGAUACUGUUUGAGCAUUUGCAAAAUGCAACACGACUAGAAAAGCUUAUCAUUGGACGAUCAUGUUAUUGGAGAUCACAAAUUUUUGAAAACCUAAGCUCCAAGUUGAUUUGCAUGCCACAUUUAACUGUCUUGAAAAUCCAGUAUAUAGGUACUCCAGAAAUGAUAUGUGACCUAUCAGGAAUCUGCCCGAAACUGAGUGAGUUGUCAUUGAGAGGCUCCGAAAAAAUCACAGAUCAGCAAUGUAAGGAAAUAGCUCAAUGUACUGGGUUGACAUCACUUGAUAUUUCUGGCACAAGAAUUACUGGAAGAGGAUGUUGGAAAAUUUUAGACUCUGUAAAGAACCUAUCAUGGCUACACCAUUGUGCUUUCAAUUGCAAUUCAGACUCUCUCUUAUUUGAAUCUAGAGCAGACUUAUUUAACUGUAUUAAGGAACAAUUAUACCAUGGCGAAAAUGCCUUAUCCCUUGUAAAUCGCCCAGACCUCAGCAUUAGAGAUGUUAGAUUUAACUUGAAAAAUUUUUGGCUCUUCAACCCAUUCACUGAGGAUUUACUUACUACAGUCCUCUGCCCAUAUUUGGAGCAUCUUCGUCUUGAUUUUAUCUUCCAGGACUUAGAAGAUGAGCCAGAUGUAUCAACACUUGCAUCUCUUUCAGAGAUCAGAAAAUUGGAGGCCAAUUUGUAUGAUCGCUGCUCCCUUCAUUUAAUAAGCAACAUGGUAGAAAGCUGCGGAGAACGACUCACAACUUUAUUGCUUCAUCUAGCUGAUGAUUGGUUUUUUGUUGCACAAGCUCACAAUGUCGUUGCCAGUUGUUGUCCAAACCUGGUUACUCUAAACUUCUCUGGAGAUUACAAGGCCAGACAUAGUGUAGAAGAAUGUGAUGAUCGACUGGACUUUGGCAUUCCAACACCAGCACACCCACAUUUAAAGCACCUGAAACUGAUCGGAGUAAUCAGUGAUCGACGCUUGCACUUCAUUCUGAGCCACACUCCUGCACUUGAAACCUUGCGUAUGGAUGGGGAACUAGAGUGGUUGCACGAUGCUACUUUUACUGCAGUUUUAAAAACAAAUCCUUUACCAUAUUUAGAGGAAAUGUGGUUUAAUGUUUCAACAACAGUGACUUUGGACACAGUACGUCUUCUGCUAACUCAAGACAAUGCCUUGAGACAUAUAGGUCGCCUUUGUCACAUGGCAGGUGCCACUAUGGGGGAAUAUCAAGAACUUCUUUCUCAAGUACGUCAACAAAAUUUAGACGUCAAACUAAUAUGGGUCACUGAUGAACGCAUUAAAUAAGUGUUGAAGGUAUAGCACAAUAGCACAAUUAUAUGCGAUUGGUAUACUGCAGUGUAAAUGUUUAAUAGAAACACCACUGUAAAUUCACCAAGGGUCCUUUUAUUCUUCAAAUGUAUAAAAUGAAAACAAUACUUUUCAAUAGAGAUAACAUUUUUAAAGAAGCAGUAUAGCUUUUAUGACAAAUGUAUUAUAAUACUUCCACUCGAAUGGAAUGCGAUUCUUUGAAAUGGAUUUCCACCGCAAAAUACUACUGUAUUUGGCUUCAAUUCCAUCAUAUAUUCUUGUAAAAUUUCCAGCAGAUACCUUUUUUUUAAACUUAACUUACUGUGAUAUACUUACUGUACUGUAUAUACAAUGUAACCAAAUACAAUGAGUGAAUAAUAAAAAAUAUUAUAUGAGUGAAUGUUUUUAAAAAUAAAAUAUAAAAUAUUA